AUGAUUCGAGAACCCUCGGAUUUCCGUCUGGACGUGAGCCUGCUCGCGAGAAGUCCUCUCGUACAAAUGCCUCUGAACUACUCGAAGUGGGACGCCCUUGAGCUCUCUGACGAUUCAGAUAUUGAGGGCCACCCGAAUGUUGACAAGCGGUCUCUAAUCAGAUGGAAACAGCGCGACAUUCAUGAGAAGCGUGAGGAACGCAAGCAUCGCAUCGCCCUGCUCGAAGCAGACAUCGCUUGCAAUGCUGUCCUUCAACCUCGCCUGCGCACCAUUGCAGAUGAGGUUGCGUCUAAAGGUCCUGCCCACUUCUCUGCCUUGGUGGAACGAUUCAAGACAGAGCCCUCGCCUGAACGACCGCCCACGAAUGCUCCAGAGCAACAGACAUAUGAUGAGAUGCUGUUGAACCUUAUGUUGACGAUCUGGGAGGAGGUGAAGAAAGCUGGCAUCGAUAAGGACGACGCACGCUUAGGAGAGUUGCUGGUACAAGGCCUGGAGAAGCAUUUCGUGCAAAUGGGAGAGCAUCAGGGGAAACAGAAGCAAGAGCUCGCGCAGCUACAAGAGGACAACAAAAGGAAGAUUACAAGCGAUGAUAUCCACGUCGGUUUCGACUCCCACUACGUACCGCCAAAGCCUGAGCCGUCACCUAUCAAAGGUGCGAUCGAGCCCUCAAAACCGAAAAAGACGACCGAAUACGAGGUGCUUAAUCCGAAGGGCGUGGAGGGUACUACAACGACGUCUGUUCCGGCUGCGUCAUCCUCAUCCUCCGUUGCGUCCGAUGAUGAGCUGCCGGAGUUGACCCCAUCACUGGAGCAGUUCUCUCACCUUCCUCUCCGUGGCUAUCAGCAAUCCUGGGAUUUCAUACGGAGUCAUCGGGAUGUCUACGUUGCUGGUGCAUCGGAUGCUCUGCUGGUCGCGGCAUUCAAGGCGCAGAAUGACGGCAAGGCAGUGUAUGCGCAGCAGUGCGUGCAUCAGAGCUUGUUAAUCCAGUAUUGCGAGAAAUUGGGCCCCGAUGGUGUCACUCUCUUCUUUCGCAAGAUGGUUGUGGCAGACCCGCGCGCGUCAUCUGUGUUCGAAAACGACGUGGCGCAAACAUACGCUCAUCUCGCUGAACGUGUACGCAUCUCUAAAGCUGAAGAGGCGGCCGUAGCAGGGGAAGAGCAAAUCCAGCUCGUGGCGGAAAACCCUUCUCAAUCUAUCUCGUUUAAUAUUCCCGACGGUCCUCCUCCCGAGCACCUCCAGCUGGAAGGCCCUGGGUUUGAAGAUGUCAACAUCGAGGAUGUGCGUAAAGCGCUACAGAUGCGAUGGGACGUCUUCCAAGGCUUCAGCGAGGCGAUGCAAGAGGCACUCAAGUCGCAAGAGCUGGACAAGGUGAACAAGGUCCUCGGCAGCAUGAGCGUGAAGGAGGCGGAAGACGUCGUGCAAUUAUUGGACCUGGGAGGCAUCUUGAAUUUCUCGUCAGGCGGUAUCCGAGACGAGACGGGAGAGGAGGGGGAAGGUGUCGAAGAACAAGAGGUUGAGCAGUGA